AUGUCUAUUUCUCUAUACGAAGAGACAGAGGUGGUGAAAAGUCCGAGGAAAAUAAUUUUCCUUUAUGAAGGAGUCGUUGAAGAAUUGGAAGCUCCUAAGAAGCGAUUACACGAAUCGGUUACUCCAUCGAAAGGGAGAAACAAUGAUAGUACAAAAAAGAAUUACAAAAAUAAUUUUGAUCGAUGUGAAGAAAGCAGUCCCUUGUUCUUGACAGGGAAAGACAACAAACUAGACGAGGAGGAAAAAGAUAAUGGAACGUUACGGUUAGGGUUAGGGUUACUUAACACAGAUAUAUUAAACGAUACUGUGUGUAGUUCGCGUGGGAGGUAUGCAGUUGAAAGGAGGAAUGACCAUUCCGAGGUAGUGACUCAAGAGGAGGGAGAACUGCUAGAUCAUUCAAGCAGCAACGAAACGUUUGCUAAUGAGUGUAUUCAUGAAUCGUUCAUGAUCGGAGAUGGGUCAAAUGGGGGCACUUCCCCGACGCACGAAAUGGAGCAUGUGGACCCUUACACAAGGGAAGAAGCGAUGAAACAGAAGAUGCGUGAACGAAUCAGUGGCAUUAUUUUCACAUGUGAUAGUGGAGACUCCAGGGGGGGGGUUAUCCAUGAGAAUGAAGAAGACUCGGUGGAGAGAGAAAAGACGGUUAUGAUUCCUUCCAAUUGUGAAUCCUCCUCCCUUCCGGGGGGGGAUCCAAAUGUAGCAAGUAGUACCUGUUCAUCUGCUUCCACAAGCGGAUCUGCAGUUACAAACGACUUGGAGGGAACAACUGUGGGGAAGGAGAAAGAGGAGCUGCGUGGGCAACCACCGGAGGGGACCCCCCCCAGUUCGUCUAUCUCUCCAACGGAGCUAAGCAACCAUGAAGGGGUAAUCCGUCCGGGGGAGCCGAAUAAAAGCCUCGAUAGAGACAAAACGUCCGACUCGUCCUCUGAUAAUUUCGCAGACUUAAUCCUAUCCGACAGUUCGCUCAGUUUCACAAAGGAGGUAGUGCCUCCCCUGUCACGGGAUAGUGAGGGGGUGUUUAACAUAGAGGACCAGAAAAAGGAACACUCUGCAAAUGCAACAGAGGAUUGGCUUAAGCAGUGGCAGGAUUGGCUUGAGAAGUGGCAGUACUGCCUCCAUCGCCCCAACAUAGGCAACGAAUUUGUGCCAAGCAUGUUGGGAAAACUCCCUAGGGGGUGCUACCCUGGGGAAGACAAGCUCGUACAGGAACGCAGUGGCAGUGGCAGUGGCAGCGACCAGCUGAUUGGAAGCGACCAGCUGAUUGGAAGCGACCAGCUGAUUGGAAGCGACCAGCUGAUUGAGAGCGACCACCUGAUUGAGAGCGACCACCUGAUUGGCAUCCCCCCCGCUGGGAUCUCCAAAGAUGGAAAGGCUCCAAAUAGGAACACAAACAUUUACAGCGAACAAAUGAAGGAGGCAACUUCUGGCUGCUCACAGAGGAGGGCACUUUUUUGCAGUCCUAUUCUGGGGAAGAAGAAAAAAAAAAAAAAAAAAAAAAAAAAAAAAAAAAAAGUAGGGAGGCAAAAUGGACCUAUCGUUGGACACAUAGAAAGUGCAACACACGGAGGAUGUUUCGAUUAUGUUAACUCAAGCGAAAUGGCGAGGGACACACGAGGGGAUAGCCACUCGAUGAGAGACACGACGACGAACUGUAUUUGCACAGACAGGGGUGGAAAGAAAACGAACACGAGGAGGAACACCAACGGGAACGCCAACAGGAACGCCAAUAGGAACACCAACGGGAACACCAACAGAAACGCCAACGGGAACACCAACAGUAACUCCAUUUGUGAUGGUAGAAGUGGCCACCUGCCCAAUUGCAGGCAGUGCAGAUUGUAUGACCUGUUCAGGCGAAAUAACAGAGCACUGUCGGAGGCUUAUUUUAACGUUGUGAGAAAUUCAUGCGGGAAUGACUUUCACAGGAUAGGUAGGAACCAGUUACAGAGGAACAAAAUGGUGCCAAGUGGCAAGAAAGGGCAACCACGAUGUUGUUCACACUCGUUGGUACAUACAAAUUGGUGUCACACUCUCCAUUCGACAGGUGAAUCACUCUGCAAUGAUGCAAGAUUGGCUCUCGCGUGGGAUGGUAAACAUACGAAUGAGAGAAGCAUAUGCUCAGGAAGGGACCGCUACAGUCACCACUGUCUUCAUUGCUCUAGGGGUGAUUGUAAAAACUUCAGUGAUGGUGGGACGAAUAUCCAAGACAGCAUAUCCGUGUUGGGAGAGAAAUAUGGCUCCAUUGACGGGAGUACGGAGACGAUACGCAACGGUGUAAGCUGCGGGGGGCAGAUGGAGAGUGCCUUUAAGGGGAACACCCACAUGGACGGCGCCCUUAAGGGUGGUACUCAGAUCUACGGCACCUUUAAGGACGGCACCAUGAUGAAUCUCCCCUUUGCAAUGCCCCAUCACGACUGUGCUUCCACGCGGAAGGACAUCAACACCUACCCCCUUGUGCACCCUGCGCAGGGUGGGACAUGGAACAGCUGCUUCGAAAGAAUGUUAUCUCAAGUGAGGUCUCUUCAACGGGGGGGGAAUUCCAGUUGGUUAAAUUUGGUACAAUCGAAUGCUCAUUCGUAUGGUGUUCUUCCCCCCUGUGCCACAUGUGCCAUUUGUACCACUGAGUCUGAUCGAUCCUUUUCGGCACUCUUCCCGGGGGAAGUCCCCCCAGACCAUGUGCAAGUGAACGCGGAGACGCCCGUUUGCGAUUUUGCUGCGCGAGGCAGUGGGGCGUACGAAGGGUGGGUGCUCCAGAGGUGCGCUUGCUGUGGAAGCGGUUUCUGUGGAUGCCGCUGCUGUGGACGCGGCUGCUGUAAAUGCCGCUGCUGUGGAUGCCACUGCUGGGGGCGCCUUUGCGACGACCGCCUCCAUGACGAGGAGUGCAAAAUUGUGAAUUUCAGGAACGUGCUGGAUAACCAGCUGCCGUCGAACUACAUAGACGUGGACGCGAACCCCGAGUGGGUGCGAGGCAGUCUCCUCGAUUGCGGUGCUGGAAGUGGUGAUAGGAAGACACAGAAACAGCAGCGCAAGCAAAAAGGGGUUAUAAAUUCGAACAGUGAAGCAGAAAAAUCGAAUGAUGUAACACCAUGCGAAGUGGACCCUAUGGGGGAAGAAAGAAAAACGAUCCAAAGAGAUGCACCUGGAAAGAAGAGCCACUUGUUUAGCGAAACCAAUAAGUAUGGGAACUCAAAUUGGAACGAAAAGAACCGCAAAGUAUGUCGUGUGUCAAGCAAGGAUGAAGAAAUUUGCGUCUUCCCCCAGGAGGAGCAAAGCAGCAUAGAAGGAAUAACCAGGGGUAGUACCAGCAGUGUGAGAAGCGUAGACCGCAACGUUGAUAGACCCAUCCAGGAGAGUAGCAGGGACUACCAUUGUCAGCGAAGUACAGAAGGAAGCAACCCGAAUGACGCACCACCCGAUCGGAAGAAGCAAAAGGAGAAGAACAGCAGCAGCCAAAAAGACUUCAGUGGGACAAAGAAGCAGAAAAAAAAAAAAAAACUCAAUGUGCAAAAGUACUACGAAAGCAAUUCUACCAACCUGUUCUGGAGUGACCUUCGAAAUUUGAAUAUGCCGCAGGGGGAGCGGCUGUCUGCAGUGGAGCUGACUGGGGUAGAACAGCUGACUGAGGUGGCGGAGCUCACUCGCACGAUGCACACAGGUGGAGCUAGCCGAGACGAUAUGCCCAUUCAGGAGGACAACCACUACGACAACAUGAAUUUACAGAGUACGCAUAUAAAAAAGUACGAACUACGGACCAAAAGAAAAGUUAAGUACGCUUGGCCAUCCAUAAUUAAGAAGCUACGAAGAGACGACUCGCGCUUAGUGUAUGAUCCCUUUUUGUACAAUAGUACGUGGCGGAUAAAAAAGGCUUGA